AUGAGGUCUGAGGCUACUUUGCAUGUAGAGGAAACCCCCGAUGACCUCAGUGAAUCUGAAAGCUGGAUUCUGACAUCUGAGACGGAGCUUGCCGGCGGGGCUGCCAGGAGCCUCUCGGGAUCCUCCGCCUCUUGGCUGUGUUUCCUGGGUAGGGGCCUCGGCCCCGUUCUGCCUUACCGCAGCUCGCUCCUGGGAACACGUGGGCCAACCGGGGUCCCUCAGUCCAGCCCACACUCCAGUGAAAGAGAUUCCACAAGGACACGGAGGAAGAGGAAAUUCAGACGCACAGCGAGACCCCAGGGAUGCGUGUGCACAGAGGAAAGACCACGUGAGGACACAGCAAGAAGGCAGCAUCUGCAAGCCAGGGAGAGAGGCCUCAGGAGAGACCACUCCUGCCGACACCUUGAUCUCGGACUUCAGCCUCCAGACUGUGAGAAAACGUCCCCGCCUCCCAUUCUCUCCUCAACCCAGUCCAGUGGGCUUCAGUCUUCACUCAAGGCCCUGACAGGUCUCUGGUGCAGGGUAGAGGAAGGUGGAAGCCGGAAUUCCCGAACAAGAGAAGUCAGCCUCACACCAUCGGUGUCCCAAGAUGAAGUUGGGACUUGCCGCUCAUGCCAUGGCCUCCUGCAGAGCAAGGAGGUCCCACUCAGUGCUCCCCUACCUGGCCCAGCCCCGCCUCCACCAGAAACAUCCUGGGGAAUCUUUCCCAUUAGACCCACUGGGUCCAGGGUGCUGGAUCGGUCCUUUGGUACCAUUAGGUUUCAAAAAAACACCUCCUCUUGUAGUGCAGGGAGCAAAGUAAGCUGUCCCUGGGGAGAGGGGCUGACUGCCUCGCCGGGUUGGAGCUGGCGGCCAGCUUUCCUCUGUGAGAGGGCAGAGGGGAGACUUGGGGUGUGCUUUGACCAGAGAGGGUCCAGGGUUUCGGACAGUCUCACCUUGACCCCAUCUGUCCUAGGCCAAAUGUGAGCACCUUGGCUGGAGUCCACCUACUUCUGCUGCCCUGUCCCCUCAUCACAGAGCCCUGCAGCAGCAAACCCAAACUUCCCUGCGAGCAACAGCACAAUCCCACCCUAAUUAUAAGGCAGGAGAGCGCCUGCUCUGUCAGCCCUGACUUUAAUUUCUCUAAUUAUAGCCGAGGCUGCAAGCAGCACUUCCUCCUUUAAUCUGCUUAAUGCAGACACACA